GCGCUCUAUAUUCGCUGCUCAGGAAACUUGUUUACCAUGCCUCCAAAGCGAAAUGUACGGAAUAAAAUUGACGACGAGGAUGAGAGUGAGGUACGCAAUGAAAAAUUGAAGAAGGGAGGCGAAGAUCUGCAGCCCAACAGCAAACGCCCCCAAAAGAAGCACUCCAAGCAGUUUGGAACAGCAGCUGCACAGAAUGACUCAGCGAAUGAACAAACUGCCACAGAAAUGUCGAAGAAAAAGGGCAAAAACAAAAAACGUGAUGAAAGUCCAGCUGAACCUGUGCAGCCUCUGACGGGCGUUGGUGAUAAUGCUGAUGUUGGUGGAGGGAAGAAAACUGGUCCUCAGUCAAAGGAGGCGAAUUCGGACGAUGAUGUGAACGUACAGCCAGAUGAGAUAGACGAUGACUUUUACACGAAGAAGCGAAGGGCGGGACGUGGAAAACAGAAGGCCGUCGCCGAAUCGGAUACCGGAGCCACCACUCAACAAGCAGGCAAAAAGAAAAAGAAGGGCGGUGGCAAGAAGGCAUCGGUUGACAAUUUCGACAGUGACAAGGAGGACACAACCACGAAGGGGUUGUCCAACGCUCUGGAGACUUUGGCCAUUACGAAUGAGUUCGGUUCAGAUGACGAUGAACCCUAUCAAAACAGUCGAUUUGCAAAGUUUUCCGGUCUGACGUUAAACGGCGAAGCUGAGGAAGUGCCAGAUGUUAGCGAACCUGACGCAGUGCAGGAUGUUCCUCAGGAUACUGCGUCAAUCUCCGUUGAGGAGGGCGAGGAACAGAAGGAGCUACUUGUGGUACCUGAAGAACCAGAGGAAGUUGCACCGGCAUACGCAAACAAAAUUCCAGGUACUGUAACCACUCUCCCUGAUUUGAGUGUUCACAAUGCAACACCCCCGGAAUCCGACGUGAUUACUGAGAAGGAAUCGUCCCCCCUUGUGCUUCCCACUGAAGAGACUCCUGUUACGCAAGUCAAGAUAUCGAAAAAAGACUUGAAGAAACUGAAAAAGCGCGAGGAAUUCGAUAAACUGGUAGAAGCUGCCAAGGAAAAGAUUGUAUCAAACUCAGGCACUUUAGAUAACUUUGCCCUCUCGCAGGCACCGACCAGUGCCAAAGUAAAGGCCGCCCAAGACAAACAGCUGGACAUCAAAGUUGAGAAUUUCUCCAUCGCCGCCAAAGGCAAGGAUCUGUUCGUGAACGCCUCUCUCCAGAUCACUCAUGGACGUCGCUACGGAUUGGUCGGUCCAAACGGUCACGGAAAGACAACUCUUCUCCGACACAUUGCUUCCCGUGCAAUCAACAUACCGAGUAAUAUUGACGUGUUACUGUGUGAACAAGAGGUGGUGGCAGACGAAACACCGGCUUUCGAAAUGGUACUCAAAUCCGACACGAGACGAAUCGAACUGCUGGCCGAGUGCGAGAAGUUGAAGGCCCAGAUCGAGACGGAUCACAGUCAAGAAACGUUGGAUCGAUUUAAUGAAGUGUACGAGGAAUUGACCGCAAUGAAAGCAGACGCUGCUGAGGGUCGAGCAAGGCGUAUCUUGGCUGGUCUUGGCUUCACACCCCGUAUGAUGGAGCGGGCAACCAAGGAUUUGUCUGGUGGGUGGCGAAUGCGAGUCAGUCUGGCGCGUGCACUAUUCUUGGAGCCAACUUUCUUACUCUUGGAUGAACCUACCAACCACCUGGACUUGAAUGCUGUCAUUUGGCUGGACAAUUACCUGCAAGGUUGGAAGAAAACCUUACUGAUCGUUUCGCAUGAUCAGUCAUUCUUGGACAAUGUGUGCACCGACAUGAUUCAUUUGGAUCAACGUCAACUAUUCUACUAUCGGGGAAACUACAAUAGCUUCAAAGUCAUGUUGACACAACGUCGUAAAGAGCAACUGCGCGAGUACGAGAAACAGGAGAAGCGGUUACGCGAACUGAAACAGUCAGGGAUGAGUAGCAAACAAGCAGUGGCCAAGAACCAGCGUGAAGCACUCACCCGCAAACAAGUGAAAGGCCGACAACUUGUGGGUGGUGGCGCCGAUACCGAGACGAAAGCCACACCUCAGCUGUUGGCCAAACCGAAGGAAUACGUUGUAAAGUUCCACUUCCCCAACCCUCCACCUUUGAGUCCGCCCCUUUUGGGACUGCACAACGUGACCUUUAGCUACCCUGGUCAGAAACCGUUGUUCCAUGACCUCAAUUUCGGUGUGGACAUGUCUUCGCGUAUCUCAAUUGUCGGUCCAAACGGUGUUGGAAAAUCCACGUUCCUCAAGUUACUCACGGGCGAGGUAGAGCCGACGAUUGGAGAGCGGCGGAUCAGUCAUCGUGUGAAAAUCGGCAAAUAUGAUCAACAUUCAGCCGACCAACUCGAUCUAACUCUUUCUCCGACAGAAUAUCUACAAAAACUGUUCAACCUAUCCUACCAGGAUGCCCGAAGUACCUUGGGCAAAUUCGGUCUCGAGGCUCACGCACACACUAUCCCAAAUGCCGACCUUUCCGGUGGUCAACGAGCGCGCGUCGCGUUUGCCGAAUUGUCCAGACGAGCCCCGGAUAUUCUGAUUUUGGAUGAACCGACGAACAAUUUGGAUAUCGAGUCGAUCGAUGCGUUGGCUGUGGCAAUCAACGAAUACGAAGGUGGUGUCAUCAUCGUGAGUCACGACGAACGGCUCAUCCGAGAUACCAACUGUACCCUUUGGGUGAUUGAAGACUGCACCAUCAACGAGAUCGAUGGUGAAUUCGACGACUACCGCCGAGAAAUUUUGCACGCACUCGGAGAGGAAUUGUUCAACCCCAGCAAAGUUGCAGCAGCUGCUGGCUGUCUGUCUUGAUCGCCCCGUCUGCCUUCCAAUCUUCAGAUAUUCCCCUCUCGAUUGUCCUAUGUCAAUGGUGAUAACGACUAGUGGACCCUGCGACCACCUGUCCAUAUACUCCCCAGGAUUCGUCUCUUUUAACGCGUUUAUUUUACUGUUCGAACUGACCUUGUCAGGGACUUUGUUUUUUAAUGCUACACGACUUCAUGUCACGUGAUCAAUUACGAACGGGUUGCUUUCUCUUCCUAGUGAGAACACGUGUUUAACAUGAUAUUUGGAAAUGAUUUCCCUCACUACACUUCUACAUACCGAUUGAUGGGAGGGUGUGUACUUUUCGAAAAACUCACCAGUCGAAAGGUUAGCAAGGCAACUUGGGAAAUACUGAUGGGGAGAUAAAUUAAACAUCACUUUACAAAAGAGUAAACAGUUUCCUUACAACAAUUGUUGGUAUAUGUGUGUGUGGAGCAAGUACUGUUUGAGAUACACUGCUCCACCAGUCGUGUUUCGGUACGCUCAUAGGAAGCACGAAUUGAAAAUAUCUAUCGCAGAACACAAGAAGGGAGUGGCGCUUUUGUGGUCGUAUUGUUCAAAAACCAAGCUCGUAAGAUUGUAGCCACAAAGUACCGGUGACGAGUUGCCAACGGAUGGUUCUGUCUGGGUUUUUGUCGCUGUGACGGGCAAGCCGGACGGGAAUACGCGAAUUGCGAGAGUGAAAACAGCUACUACUGGUCGGUGGAAGACAUUUGGGGUACGGAAUGAAGUACAUCAUCGGUUGUAGUUGGGCUGCCAUGAAGUAGGUGAUCAACGUUACGCCAGUUGAAAAGUGAGGACGGGGGAAGCCAAGACGGAGGUUCAUUUUCU